UGGCCGGACGGGAGGAAAGUAUCUGCUCGGCUGAGGGGGGAAAGGAGGAGCAGGAGACAGAUUGUGGGACCGAGCGCGGGCGGGCGGGAGGCGCCGGAGCUGCCAGCGGGUGAGUCCUGUUAACAUUAGCUGGUCCGUGGUCUGACAGGAGUCUCCCCUUCUACUCUGGCCCGUCCCAGCGUCCCGGGCCGGGGUCUCCCCUCCCAGUCUGUGUUGGACGGGGGCGCUGAGGCGGUGGCCGGGCCUGUCUGAGGAAGAGGGUGGGGCAUAGUCUAAAGACAACCAAUAAGAGAGAAGGAAGCCACAAUUGGCGGCCAUGAGCGCUAAUGGGAGACCGCCUUUGCCUUGUGGAGUGCCGCCCUCUUCUCUUCUCCCGCCUCCUUCCUUUUGGAGGAAGGCGGGGCCAGAGGACUGAAGUGUGGGGAGAACUUGGGCUCUGCUCUGCUUUAUGAAAUAUGGGAGACGACAGACCGUUUGUGUGCAAUGCCCCGGGCUGUGGACAGAGAUUUACAAACGAGGACCACUUGGCAGUUCAUAAACACAAGCAUGAGAUGACACUGAAAUUUGGCCCAGCCCGAACUGACUCAGUCAUUAUUGCAGAUCAAACGCCUACUCCGACUAGAUUCCUGAAGAACUGUGAGGAGGUGGGGCUCUUCAAUGAACUAGCUAGUUCCUUUGAACAUGAAUUUAAGAAAGCUGCAGAUGAAGAUGAAAAAAAGGGUGCUGCUGGGCCUCUUGACAUGUCUCUGCCUUCUACACCAGACAUCAAAAUCAAGGAAGAGGAGCCAGUGGAGGUAGACUCAUCGCCCCCUGACAGUCCUGCCUCUAGCCCCUGUUCCCCACCACUGAAGGAGAAGGAAGUUGCCACAAAACCUGUUGUGAUUUCUACCCCUACACCCACCAUUGUACGUCCUGGCUCCCUGCCUCUCCACUUAGGUUAUGAUCCUCUCCAUCCAACUCUUCCUUCCCCAACCUCUGUCAUCACACAGGCUCCGCCAUCUAACAGGCAGAUGGGAUCUCCUACUGGCUCCCUCCCUCUCGUCAUGCAUCUUGCUAAUGGACAGACCAUGCCUGUGCUGCCAGGGCCUCCAGUACAGAUGCCUUCUGUUAUUUCGCUGGCCAGACCUGUGUCCAUGGUGCCCAACAUUCCUGGUAUACCUGGCCCACCAGUUAACAGUAGUGGCUCCAUUUCUCCAUCUGGUCACCCUAUGCCAUCCGAAGCCAAGAUGAGACUAAAAGCCACUCUGACCCACCAAGUCUCUUCAGUCAAUGGAGGCUGUGGAAUGGUGGUGGGUACUGCCAGCACCAUGGUGACAGCCCGUCCAGAGCAGAACCAGAUCCUCAUCCAGCACCCUGAUACCCCAUCCCCUGCUCAGCCACAGGUCUCUCCAGCCCAGCCCACCCCUAGCACUGGGGGACGGCGGCGGCGCACAGUAGAUGAAGAUCCAGAUGAGCGACGGCAGCGCUUUUUAGAGCGAAACCGAGCUGCAGCCUCCCGAUGCCGCCAAAAGCGGAAGCUGUGGGUGUCCUCCCUGGAAAAGAAGGCAGAAGAACUUACUUCCCAGAACAUUCAGCUGAGUAAUGAAGUCACAUUACUACGAAAUGAGGUGGCUCAGUUGAAACAGCUACUGUUAGCUCAUAAAGACUGCCCUGUCACUGCACUACAGAAAAAGACUCAAGGCUACCUAGAAAGUCCCAAGGAAAGCUCAGAGCCAACGGGUUCUCCAGCCCCAGUGAUUCAGCACAGUUCUGCAACAGCCCCUAGCAAUGGCCUUAGUGUUCGAUCUGCAGCUGAAGCUGUGGCCACCUCGGUCCUCACUCAGAUGGCCAGCCAAAGGACAGAACUGAGCAUGCCCAUACAGUCACAUGUGAUCAUGACCCCACAGUCACAGUCUGCGGGCAGAUGAUGCCUCCCAUGAUGGAGAGAUCCCCAGCCAGAGCUCGCCCGCUUGAGCCAAGAGAGAGAUCAACUUACCCUCCCAUCUAUCUGCCUUGGAUGUGGCAGUAUGGGAGAGGAAGAAAUUGUGUGUUGUGAGUAUGGACAGAUGUGGGGCUUUUCUCUUUAGCCACAUGAUCAUGUAUGCUUGACACCUGUGCUAGGGGCUUGUGGCCCCAAAGCCACAUAGAUCAUCCCCCAAAAGUGGGGUUUCUUAUGUACCUACAGCCAAAGGCCUUUCCAUAUGGUCCGAGCAAUCAUCCCUGGCCCUGAUGCAUGUGUACCUGUCUCUUAACACUAACCCUUGCACUUGUAGGUUUGGGGUUUUUCAGUGUCCUUUCCUCCCAAUCGAGCUGUGGCUGUUAUCUUCUUAUUCCUUACUAGCAUGCCACUUCCUGCCAGACAGAGGGAGACUAGAUUUGAUGGCAUGUUACUUGCUGUCUCGACCCCAGCCACCUCAUGCACUCAGGACUUUGUCUCCCAAUAGCUGCUUAUUUAUCUCUUCCCCCUCUUCCUAAUUGCAGUGAAAACAUUCACUUACUGAGAAUGUAAUACCUUUGCUGUAUGAAGUAGCAGUAUUUUCCACCUCUUCCCUGUGCUUUAGUCCUUAUUCCCAUCUGCUACCAAAAACAAACACAAACAAACAAACAAACAAAAAAAGCAAAACUCUGAGAGUUUUAAUCAUUUUCAUUUCCAAAUCUAUUGGGUACCUCCUUUUGUCUCUUGACUUUCCUUAGUCUAGUGAUGGGGUCUUUCCUACCACCCCACUAUGGCUUGGGAACCUCAUCUUGUGGCCUUAUUGUUAGUGGCAAUGAAAAGGGAGAGAGCCUGGGAUCUAACUGGGCUUCCCUGUCUCCUUCCCUACCCUCCAGUUCUAAUCAUCAGGGCAGACAGGAACAGUGUAAUUUAAAACUCGUUCCAUCGGGUUACUGGAUUAACUAGUUCUUUGGUAUUUUACAAUAGUUUACUGGCUGAAUUCUACAUAUUGUCAUUUGGUUGUUCGUGUGCUCCUUCCUCUCCACUUUGUUCCCUGUCCACAUCACUGCCUUUCCUACCAUAACUGCUUUACAUCAGCCUCCCUUCUCUCUCCUUCUUUCUCUCACCAGGUUCCUAGCCUAGCCACUAGGUGUCUCUAGUUCUGAAAUUUCUUUGAACUCAUUUUGUUGUUGUUGUUCUGUGCCCCGCAAAUAUAGUGCUUGUCCAAGGCUCCAGGGAUCUGAAACAUUGUGAUCAAGGUCCUGAGUGGCUUUUGAGUAUAAGAGUGAGUAGAGAGAGAAGAGGAAAAUGUAUAAACUCAACAGAGCGCUCAGGAUAUGGCCUGUUUGGUCUGGGAGAUUGCUGACUGUGGCUAUUGGCUACCUUUAUUUGGUGGGAUACAGGGAAAGAAAUAUAGCCCUCCUCUUCCUUGUCUCUGCUUGGCUCUGAACACUGCAGUCUCUUCCAGAGCCAGAGACCUGUGGAUAGAUAGGUCAGCUUUAAUGGCUCUGAAUAGAAAGCCGUCCCAGUUGUCCCAGAGCCACCUUCUGCCAUCUGCUCAAGCCAAGAGUCGUCUCUUCUGCCUCCAUCUUAAAUGUACAGAAUAACUGCUUGCUUUCUUUUUCAUUUUAUCUUCCAAAACUCAUUGUCAUGGAGGAAUGAGAAAGUGUUCUGUCUUACAUUAUUAUUUCUUCAGUUUAGACUAGUGAGCCCAUCCUGUGACAUGUUCUGCCGCACUUUAUGUCAGUUUUCCCUCCUCCUCUAUAUGCAGUGCUGAACAAGCCACACCCAGUGAAAAAACAAAAUGGUUUCCUCAUCCUCUACCCCCAGGGACUCACUAGGAACAGCCCCUGAGGUGACAAGGCUAGUGAAUGUCACCAGAUGGUCAGGGCAGGCCACCAUCUCCAGGGAUCUCACUUGGCUUUAGAACCUCACAGCCAUAGUUUGUGCUCAGGACUUACUUAGAUGGCUACUUCCUGGGAUUUUUUUUUUCCUGUUUAUAAAUUAUGUUUCUUUUCUUUCC